AUGAGGCUACUGGACCGCGGGGCCCUGAUACCAGUGCUGCUACUUUUGGGUAGCAGCUCCCCCAUCGACGGGUUUAACGUAUGGUCUCCAGUUCCCAAGGCCGUGGCGGUUCGACGUCGUUCCACCAUAAUAUUAUCCGACCCAGAAGCAAAUCCCUUUGCUCCCCGAACGGCAUCGGCCCUUGCAUCGAGUCUAUUUGGAAAUAAUAAUGCUGGCGGAACCCCUCCAUUUCCAGGGGCAGGGCCACCAGGGGGUGGAGCCGGUGCUGGCGGAACCCCUGCAUUUCCAGGAGCCAAUGGAGCCAACCAGCCCAAUAAUCCACAAAAUACUGGUGGCGUUCGAAAUAGCAUUAGUGGUCCUGGAUCCCCAGGAGGAGCCGGUGGUGGAUUUCCAGGAGCUGCUGGAGGCCUACCCGGAGGAAUGAAUAAACCUGGAGGAGCCAGUCCAUUUGGAGGAGCUGCAGGUUCUAGUCAGGUGGUCUUGGAGGGCCUGGGGCCGGGGAAUGAAUAA